AUGCAGGCUCACCUCGCCCCCGAGCCCCAGAGAACCCCCCCGGCUGGGGGCCGCCCGCCGCGCUCCAGGCCCGGGGCCCCGGGGGCCCCGCGGGCGGCGCCGGGCGCGCCGCAGGACCGGCUGUGGCGGGAGACGGUGGAGGCCGAGCGCCGCGGCCGGCAGCGCUGGACUGAGCAAUGGGGGUUCCUGAAAGACUAUGACCCAAUGGGCAAUAAGAAGGAGCCAGAGAGGUUGCCGGAGUCCGUGUCUCUCUUCUCGGACACAGUUCCCAACUCCUCCAACCAGGUGGUGGGCAGCAGGGUGGACACCCCGCUGGGGAGGGCCCUCAGUCGCAUGGAUUACUUGCUCUUCUCGGAGGGGGCUCGCAAGAGGAAGCUGGAGGAGGAACUGCAGCCGGUGUAGGAGCAGGACCCGCCCCCCGCAGAUAAGGGGCGCCCAAUGUUGCCUGGUAACAAGGAGCCACACACUGAACGGCUUAGGACCACACAAAGCAUCCCCCUGGCUGCGUUUCUUUCUCUCCCGUGGCAGCAUCUUCUCUCCCCGAUCAUCAGCACCAGGCCCCGGCACAGCGUCUGUCUGAGCGCAUGAGCCGCCCACCUGUGUGUUCCGCUCACCACUCCCUGCCCCAUCUGCCACUUCCGACCUCCUCCUCGCCAGGGCCGAGGGAAUCAGGACAGACUGGCAGCUGCCCCCAGGUUCCUGAGGCAGGGGCUUGUCUUGUUGGGGCUCGAAAAAGCAGGCGGGAUGGACCAGGAGGGGCAGGAGGCCGAUUUGCCCCAGGUUUGGAAAAGCGGCCACGAGGCUGCAGGGCAGGCCCGCAGAAGCAUACCUGGAUUAUCAGCAGAGCGCAUGGGGGCAUCUCAGCAGCCUCGGGCUGAGCAACAGCAGGGCUCCACUGCGGACUGGACUCGGGAGCCGAGGCGCCCAGGGCCUCCCAGAAGAGUGCCUCCCUUGCUUCCGACCUCUGCACCUCUGCUUCACACGGCCAGCACACCUGGACAUCUCCUGAACCGUAACUAAAGAUGAGGACUUCAGGUCCUGACUUCAAACCCCAGAACCGCAAAAAGAAAGAAAGGGAA